AUGAGGUCAGAGGCCUUGUUACUCUACUUCACGCUACUGCAAAUAGCCGGGGCGGGCUUCCCCGAAGACAGCGAGCCCAUUAGCAUCUCACACGGCAACUACACAAAGCAGUAUCCAGCAUUUGUAGGCCACAAACCUGGCAGGAACAACACACAGCGGCACAGACUGGACAUCCAGCUCAUCAUGAUCAUGAACAGGACGAUAUACAUCGCUGCCAGGGAUCACAUAUACACGGUGGAGACAGACACUGCCAACGGUGACGAGAUCUUUUUCAGUAAGAAAAUGACAUGGAAGUCCAGACAGGCAGACGUGGACACUUGCAGAAUGAAAGGGAAACACAAGGAUGAGUGUCACAAUUUCAUCAAAGUUCUCCUGCAGCAAAAUGAAGACACUUUGUUUGUUUGUGGAACAAAUGCUUUCAACCCCUCCUGCCGAACGUACAAGUUGGACACCUUGGAGGCCCUGGGAGAGGAGAUCAGUGGGAUGGCUCGCUGUCCAUAUGACGCCAAGCAUGCCAACGUUGCCCUCUUCGCUGGUGGCAAGCUGUACUCGGCCACCGUGACAGACUUCCUGGCGAUCGACGCGGUCAUCUAUCGCAGCCUGGGAGACAGCCCGACUCUGCGAACUGUCAAACACGACUCCAAGUGGCUGAAAGAGCCUUACUUUAUCCAGGCAGUCGAUUAUGGGGACUUCAUCUACUUCUUCUAUCGGGAAAUUGCAAUGGAGUACAACACAAUGGGAAAGGUGGUGUUUCCUCGAGUGGCCAGGGUCUGUAAGAACGACAGGGGGGGCUCACCUCGGGUCCUGGAGAAGCAGUGGACCUCUUUCAUGAAGUCUCGGAUGAACUGCUCCAUACCUGGCGACUCCCACUUCUACUUCAACAUCCUGCAGGCUGUGACCGACGUCAUCCACAUCAACGGGAGGGACGUGGUGAUGGCAACCUUCUCCACACCGUACAACAGCAUUCCAGGCUCGGCGGUGUGCGCCUACGACAUGGAGGAGGUGGCCAACACGUUCACCGGGCGCUUCAAAGAGCAGAAAUCCUCCGAUUCUACCUGGACGCCUUUUCCUGAGGAUAAGGUUCCCAAGCCAAGACCUGGCAACUGCGCCGGCUCUCCAUCCAUGGAGAGGUACAAAGUAUCCAACGAGUUCCCCGACGACACACUCAACUUCAUCAAGAUGCAUCCGCUGAUGGACGAGGCCGUGCCCUCCAUCGCUAAUAGGCCCUGGUUCCUCAAGACCAUGGUCCGGUAUCGUCUGACGCGUAUUGUCGUGGACGGUGAGGCGGGUCCCCACAAGAACAACACGGUGGUCUUCCUGGGAUCUGAGAAAGGCAUCAUCCUCAAGUUCCUGGCCAAGGUGAACGAUGGCUUUCUCAACGAUAGCCUGUUCCUGGAGGAGCUCAACGUCUACAACCCUGACAAGUGCAGUAUAGACGGUGUGGACGACAAGCGGAUUAUCGGCAUGCUGAUAGACAGCAAGAGUCAUUCUCUGUGGGUUGCGUUCUCCUCCUGUGUGGUUAAAGUGCCACUGUCUCGCUGUGAAAGACAUGGAAGAUGCAAGAAGUCCUGUAUAGCCUCCAGGGACCCGUACUGUGGUUGGGUGUCAGAGGGAGCCUGCAGACAGGUGGUUGGCAACAUAAAAUCAGCCUUUGAGCAGGACGUGGAACAUGGUAACACAGAUGGCCUGGGAGACUGCCAAAAUACCUUUGUGGCUCUCAACGGCCACCAUCACCACCAUCACCACAUCCUCACACUCCCCACCUCGGCCCUACCUGAGGCCGCCGAGGGCCCCCUGGGGCGGGGCCGCAUGGUGGAGCGGAAGGACCCCCCCAUGAGCUCAGACAAAGGGGAGGACCCCUACAUGGCCGUGCCCUCUCAGACCCAGCCUGAAGCCAAUGGUGUGAUCCGUGAGAGCUACCAGAAAGGUCGUGACCAGCUGGUUCCCGUGACCUUGUUGGCCAUCGCUGUCAUCCUAGCCUUUGCCAUGGGCGCCAUCUUCUCUGGCAUCAUUGUCUACUGUGUCUGCGACCACAGGCGGCGGGACAUCGACCUAACAGGCCGCAAAGAAAAGGACAGCCACCACCUCCACUCCCGCCGGGGAUCAAUGAACAGCGUGACUAAGCUGACGGGCCUGUUUGAGACCCAGGCCAAAGAUGGGCGCCCUGAAGCGAUCCUCACCCCUUUGAUGCACAACGGGAGAAUGACACCAAAUGGGAAGAUGCUGAUAAAAGCGGACCAGCACCACCUGGACCUCACUGCUCUGCCAACGCCCGAGUCCACCCCCAUGCAGCCACGUCGCAAGCCCAGUCGUGGAAGCCGUGAGUGGGAGAGAAACCAGAACCUCAUUAACGCCUGCACCAAGGACAUGCCACACAUGGGCUCCCCGGUCAUAUCUACAGACCUGCCUCUGAGGGCGUCACCGGGUCACAUCCCCAGCGUGGUGGUGCUGCCGCUGCCACAGCAUCAGCACCAGCUCCAGCCUCAUCUGCAGCCACACCAGCACUCCUACCAGCACGAGUAUGUGGAGCAGCCACACCACAGUGACAUGAGCAUGGGCCACAUGGACGACGGGGGGGCCACCCUGGAGUACAAGACAGUGAAGAGCCCAUGUCACAACCUGAACAUGGUGGAUCCAGAUGGGAUGCUGCCGCCCCGCGUGCCCCAAAGAGAGGCUUCGCUCACCAUCCCCCCCGCCGUCCCACAGAUGGGCAAACGUCUGGAGGUGCACUCGUCAGUCUACGGUCUCCGGAAAGGAUCAGCGUCCGCUGCUUCCGGGUCCUCCGCCCUCAAGAAGCACAACACCAACUCCUCUAACUCCUCCCAUUUGGCGAGACAUCACAGCUUCAACCGUGUGGAGUCGCCGCCGCCUGCACCUCAGAGGGUGGACUCCAUACAAAUGACAGCACAUGGAAUAUCUCUGUCACGGCAGCCUGGAAUGAGCUCCUAUGGUUCACUGCCUCGAACGGGCAUCAAGUAUCUCAAGCCUGACGUCCCUCCCAAACCCUCGGUAGUCUCCCUCUCAACAAAAGUCAAGUCCAGUGACUCCUGCACAUAGUCAGCUUCUCCGCCAGUCAGUCCGAUGGGAACAAACAGUAGAUAAAAGGUUUUUCUGAGAGAGAAAAAAACAGGGAAUACUGUACAACUUGCAUCUCCUUUUAGUGUUUUA